CGGCGCGCGCACGCCGCCCGGCGUCCUCGCUCCCGGGGCGUCGCCCCGCGUGCGGUGGAGUCACCGAGGCCGCCCCCAGCACCGGAAGUGACCCUGGCGGGUUUGCCUUCAAAUUCUCGGCGAGCUGAAGAAGCACUGGGGGCUGGUGACGGUUGGACACCGUCGUGCUGGGGUCGUGAGCACGGAGCAGAGUGUUUGGGCUGGGUAGGGCCGGCCCUGCCUUCUAGCCGCCCUUAGCCAAGCACGGCCCUUCCCCUCCGCCUGGCGGUGGGUGGUUUCCCAGGGAGCCUGGCAGCCACAGAUCUAUUCAUUUAUCCUAGAGAGGACAGGGGAGGGGCAGAUGGAGAGAGAGGACCCCAAGCAGACGCCCUGCUGAGCGUGGAGCCCUGCACUGGGCUUGACCCUAUGACCCUCAGAUCAUGACCCGAGCUGAAACCAAGAGGUGGAUGCUCAAUCGGCUGAGCCACGCAGGCGCCCCUCUGUGGAGAAUCUUCAUGAUCAGAGAGAGACUUACAAGUGAGCAUGAGUCUUCUUAUGAUUAGCGAGAAUGUAAAAUUGGCCCGUGAGUAUGCGCUGCUGGGCAACUAUGACUCUGCGAUGGUGUAUUAUCAGGGAGUUCUUGACCAGAUGAACAAGUAUCUGUAUUCAGUCAAAGAUACCUAUCUCCAGCAGAAGUGGCAACAGGUUUGGCAAGAAAUAAAUGUGGAAGCUAAACAUGUUAAGGAUAUUAUGAAAACCCUGGAGAGCUUUAAGCUAGACAACACUCCACUGAAAGCUGCACAGCAUGAGCUCCCAGCCUCUGAGGGGGAAGUCUGGUCCUUACCUGUGCCUGUUGAACGAAGACCCUCACCAGGACCUAGAAAACGCCAGUCUCCUCAGUACAGUGACCCUAAGCCACAUGGUAACCGUCCAGGCACAACUGUCAGAGUUCACCGUUCAUCUGCCCACAAUCUUCACAAUGACAGAGGGAAAGCUGUUCGUUGUCGGGAAAAGAAAGAACAGAGUAAAGGAAGAGAGGAAAAGAACAAAUCACCUGCUGCAGUUACUGAACCAGAGACAAGUAAAUUUGAUAGUACCGGAUAUGAUAAGGACUUAGUGGAAGCUUUGGAAAGAGAUAUAAUUUCUCAGAAUCCCAAUGUUCGAUGGGAUGAUAUCGCUGAUUUAGUAGAAGCUAAAAAGUUGCUGAAGGAAGCUGUGGUGUUACCAAUGUGGAUGCCAGAAUUCUUUAAGGGCAUUAGGAGACCAUGGAAAGGAGUGUUGAUGGUUGGCCCACCUGGCACAGGAAAGACCCUCCUUGCUAAGGCAGUAGCUACGGAAUGCAAGACAACGUUCUUCAAUGUGUCUUCGUCAACUCUGACUUCCAAAUACAGAGGGGAGUCUGAGAAGCUUGUUCGUCUUCUCUUCGAAAUGGCUCGAUUUUACUCUCCAGCCACCAUAUUUAUCGAUGAGAUUGAUUCUAUUUGUAGUCGCAGAGGGACUUCUGAAGAGCACGAAGCAAGCAGACGGGUGAAAGCCGAGCUGCUGGUUCAGAUGGAUGGUGUUGGAGGUGCUUCUGAAAAUGAUGACCCUUCCAAAAUGGUUAUGGUUCUGGCAGCUACUAAUUUUCCCUGGGAUAUUGAUGAGGCAUUAAGACGACGUCUUGAAAAAAGAAUCUAUAUUCCAUUACCAUCAGCAAAAGGCAGGGAGGAGCUGUUACGAAUAAGUCUACGUGAACUGGAAUUGGCCGAUGAUGUUGACCUUGCAAGCAUAGCAGAAAAUAUGGAAGGUUAUUCAGGUGCAGACAUUACCAAUGUGUGCAGGGAUGCAUCUUUGAUGGCAAUGAGAAGGCGCAUUGAAGGUUUGACGCCAGAAGAGAUCAGAAAUCUUUCAAGAGAGGAAAUGCACAUGCCUACAACUAUGGAGGACUUUGAAAUGGCUUUAAAAAAGGUCUCUAAGUCCGUUUCUGCUGCAGACAUUGAAAGAUAUGAGAAGUGGAUAUUUGAGUUUGGAUCAUGCUAAAUUCUCACAUGUAAACUGUGAGAAACCUGCCUUAAGUGUUUGAUUAAUAAUUAAAUGUAGUAUUUCAUUGCACUGAGUGCUAUAUUUUUUUAAACUUUGAUAAUGGUAAGACUUAAAAAAAAAAAGUAUGAUUGUGAAUAAAGGCAAUUUUUUAAAGCUGCAA